AACACACUCUUUGUUCAACACGCAAGUUUAGCCAAUACAAUACUGAACCAGAAAAGGAAAGAGGCAAAAGAACAAAAGAGAUCUGAAAAAUGUUUUCAAGAAACACCCUUUGGCUUUUCCUUGCAAUUUUCUCCCACAGUGUGGCCAUUUCAUUUGCCUCUGACCCUGAUCCAGUCCAAGACUUCUGCAUACCAAACCCAAGAUUUGGUGCCAUCAAAACAGCACAUAACAUGCACUACAUUCUCCCAUGCAAGAACUCCUCCGAGGUCAUCACUGAGGACUUUGUCUUCUCAGGACUCACAAAAGCCUCAGAGAACUUCUCAAACACAGGCCUAGCUGUGGUCUCAGCAAACCCUACCAAUUUUCCAGGGCUCAACACUCUAGGCUUGUCUUUCGCGCGAGCUGACAUCGAAGUUGGUGGCAUCAACCCACCCCAUUUCCACCCCCGAGCCACGGAGCUGGUUCAUGUGCUGCAAGGAAAAGUGUACUCAGGUUUUGUUGAUUCCAACAAUAGGGUGUUUGCUAGAGUGCUUGAACAAGGAGAGGUCAUGGUGCUCCCUAAAGGGCUAGUGCACUUCAUGAUGAACGUUGGUGAUGAACCUGCCACAUUGUUUGGAAGCUUCAAUAGCCAAAACCCUGGUAUUCAGAAGAUACCUUCUGCUGUGUUUGGCUCAGGGAUUGAUGAGGAGCUUCUGCAGAAGGCUUUUGGAUUGAGUUCUAAGCAGAUUGGGAUCUUGAGGAAAAAAUUUGAUCCCAAGACAUCAAGGUAGAUAAAUAAUUAAUAUAAAGGUAGUUCCUGUUGGUCUAUUUACCUUUCAGGGUUUGAGUCAUAUCUUGGGGUUUAAGUUUUCUUGCUUCUUUCUUUGUUUUGAAGAGUUUUCAACCCCCUGUCCCACUUUUUGUGUCUCGUUGUAGUAUUACAAUACUAUAUAAGUGAAGAAUAUGAUUGGUCACACUAUCUUGUAUUGAAA